GCCGCCGGCUCCGGUGCGAUUCCCGGCCCCCGGUUCCGUGCUCCUGGGCCCCGCCAUGGGAGCCUGAGCGCCCCCAUCCCCCGGCCCCUGCCCCCGGGGCCCCGAGGGGGGGACAGGCAGCGGUCUGGGACGCAGAGGGGGUGGCCGGCUCCGGAGCCCCCUCCGCGCCGCCCUCGCCCGCGCUGCCCGUCCGCGAGCGCCGAGUUCGCCGCGACCCGGAGCGCUGCGGAUACAAAGGCGCCGGGCCGAGCCCACCGGCACUUCGCGGCGGCGGAGCGCCGCUUGAUUUUCUCUGAGACAAGCUCACUCGUCCAGCAAAAUAGAGUCCCUCAGGGUGACGGUUGACUUCCUGAAGGUGCCUCUUGGCCUGAAGAAGCCGGUGCUGAAGGAGGUGGCUGUGGGGCCCCCCAAAAGGCCCCAGCCUGUGGCCCUGGAGCGCUAUAAGGCGCGGCGUUCAGACGCCAUGGACACCGAGUCCCAGUACUCGGGCUAUUCCUACAAGUCGGGCCACUCCCGCAGCUCCCGCAAGCACAGGGACCGCCGGGACCGGCACCGCUCUAAGAGCCGAGAUGGGAGCCGCGGGGACAAGUCGGUGACGAUCCAGGCUCCAGGGGAGCCCCUGCUGGACAACGAGUCCACGCGGGGGGAUGAGCGGGAUGACAACUGGGGGGAGACUACCACAGUAGUAACGGGCACCUCCGAGCACAGCAUCUCCCACGAUGACCUCACGCGCAUCGCCAAGGACAUGGAGGACAGUGUUCCGCUGGACUGCUCCCGUCACCUGGGCGUGGCCGCCGGGGCCACGCUGGCGCUGCUCUCCUUUCUCACGCCACUGGCUUUCCUGCUGCUGCCCCCGCUGCUGUGGCGCGAGGAGCUGGAGCCCUGUGGGACGGCCUGCGAGGGCCUCUUCAUCUCCGUGGCCUUCAAGCUGCUCAUCCUGCUGCUGGGCAGCUGGGCGCUGUUCUUCCGCCGCCCCAAGGCCUCGCUGCCCCGCGUGUUCGUGCUGCGCGCGCUGCUCAUGGUGCUCGUCUUCCUGCUGGUGGUGUCCUACUGGCUCUUCUACGGCGUGCGCAUCCUGGACGCCCGCGAGCGCAGCUACCAGGGCGUGGUGCAGUUCGCCGUGUCGCUGGUGGACGCCCUGCUCUUCGUGCACUACCUGGCCGUGGUCCUGCUGGAGCUGCGCCAGCUGCAGCCGCAGUUCACGCUCAAGGUCGUGCGCUCCACCGACGGCGCCAGCCGCUUCUACAACGUGGGCCAUCUCAGCAUCCAGCGCGUGGCAGUGUGGAUCCUGGAGAAGUAUUACCAUGACUUCCCUGUCUACAACCCUGCCCUCCUCAACCUGCCCAAGUCCGUGCUGGCCAAGAAAGUGUCUGGCUUCAAGGUGUAUUCCCUCGGAGAGGAAAACAGCACCAACAACUCCACGGGCCAGUCCCGGGCUGUGAUCGCCGCAGCGGCUCGGCGGCGGGACAACAGCCACAACGAGUACUACUACGAGGAGGCGGAGCACGAGCGGAGGGUGCGCAAGCGCAGGGCCAGGCUUGUGGUGGCGGUGGAGGAGGCCUUCACUCACAUUAAGCGGCUGCAGGAAGAGGAGCAGAAGAACCCGAGGGAGGUGAUGGACCCCCGGGAGGCAGCCCAGGCCAUCUUCGCCUCCAUGGCCCGUGCCAUGCAGAAGUACCUUCGCACCACCAAGCAGCAGCCUUACCACACCAUGGAGAGCAUCCUGCAGCACCUCGAGUUCUGCAUCACUCACGACAUGACGCCCAAGGCCUUCCUGGAGCGGUACCUGGCGGCCGGACCCACCAUCCAGUACCACAAGGAACGCUGGCUGGCCAAACAGUGGACGCUGGUGAGCGAGGAGCCGGUGACCAACGGGCUCAAGGACGGCAUCGUUUUCCUCUUAAAACGCCAGGACUUCAGCCUGGUGGGUUUCCCCGGGGCACAGACAUGACUCCAGAGAGCCACGGUGCCAGACUUCUCCAGACGGUGGGUUAUCCACUCUUUCUGCCCGUUCAGCCCGCCCGGUACAAACGCUGAGUUCCUGGGGCAGGAUACCCCUGCCUCUCCCCCACACGGCCCGAGUCAGGGGUCUCCCCGCCACGGUCACUGGCUUCAGCUGUGAGAGCCUCCCCUGCACAUCCACACACAUUCAGAGCGAGGGAAGAUCCUGCCCUUCACUCCAGAGUCUCUACCUUCUGUUUCUGAGUUGAAUGGUCUGUGACCACAGGCAAACUGAGGCAGAAGCCCUCUGUGACCAUGUUUCCUGGGCCAUGUGGGACAGUGCCUCCCCUCACUGGGUCCACCCUGGGCGGCCUCUGAGGGAAGGAUGGGAGAGACCCCGGGGAACAUCACGGAUCCCUGCCCUCCGAACCUGCCUGUACUUUUGUUCCCGCCUUGCUGGGGCAGGUUUCCCCUUCCUGCUGAAGGACGGCAAGUAGACAAGACGCCAGCCCAGAGGCUUGCAGACCAUGACCCGACCCCUGAGGUCUGACACCAACAUUCCGCCCCGCCCCCCGUGUGUGUGUGUGCUCAGCGCCAGGGACCUGUUGCCUCAUCUUGUUUUGGGGGGAGCCAGUAGUCCCCUCGUCCCCUGCCUUAAGCCCACUUCUUUGCCUCAGGGGUCUCUUUUCCUUGGCUGGCCAGGGUCCCCUCCUGUCUCCCUGCCUGGUUCUCUGGGCACUCGUCUCCUUUAGUGCUGGGGUGAGGGGCCAGGAUUACCGCCUUCAAGGGUAUCUGUCCCUCACCCUGUUGGGCUUCUGUAGCCUCUACACCCAAUCUGAAUUCUCCAGAGUUUAGGUCUCGUCUUGAGCAAAAUUCACUGGCCUUCUAAGACAUAUUUUCAGUGUGCAUCUGAGCCUUUCGCUCAGACGUGUUUCAUUUAUGUAGUUUUAGCCGAGGGAACGGGAACCUCCAGCCGGCGUCCACGGGGAGGGCCGUUCGCCGCUGGGCUGGAGUGUGCCGCGGGGCCAGGCCUCUGAGGAACUCACUGAGCCCCCUCUCAGGCCCCUCUUCUGGCGGGCUCACUGGUUCUUGCCACGCAGAGCGCCCCCUGAGCUCUGAUCCCCACUGGUGUUUGACCAGGGAGGCUUCCUGUCUGUGUAGGGGCGGCCUGGGUGUAAUGGAGCCUUGUGAUGGCCUUUCUCCCCUUGUUCUCUCUGAAAAAGCACAUCUGUCCACCCACCACUUCCUAGAGAAGGGCUCUUCAGUUUGUGCUGAGCCUGAUCCCCGCAGGUGUUGGUUGGGGGGCUGACUUGGGCAGUGCCUGAGGGAAAUGCAUCCUAUCCUGGGGGUUGUGGGAAGGUAUCUUUUCUUCUCUUCAAGGACCUGGUUUCAGAGGAGUCCCUCCUGGGUCACAAUUCUAAAUACCUCACUAUCCUGGAAAAUGGGGCUUGGAUGGUGGGCAGGAGCGGGGUGUGGUGUGACAGAAGGACCGGGUCGGGGCGGGCAGAUGGAAAGUAUUUGGGAUCUUCGUUGCGGCCCUACGUUAGGGGCGGGGGAGUGUUUUAUUUUCAGAACCUGCCAUGUUUUUAAUCACUGUGAUUUUUUCAUUCCUUUUUCCUAAAACAAAAGCAAACUUUCCCCCCAACUCUCUAAGCACUAAGGGCUGUGACUGAGAACGGUAAUGUUUUGGUCCUUUGCGUCAGAACUGUGGUAUCUUUGUUUUCUUUGAUGAUUAUUAUAAUUAUUAUUAUUUUGUAAAAUGUCAGGAUGAGUUGUCAAGUGUUUGGGUGUGUGUGUCUUUGCUUCUUCUGCACGGGGAGUUGUCUUCAUGCUGUGAACUGCUGUGGGGCGCGCCGCGGGCCCAGGCCCUCCGCGCACUGUCCCCCCCUGCUCCGCCGGUCCCGCCACGCGCUGGGUUCCCUUACUCUUCUCCUGUGGGGGCGCACCUACCUGUGGCCCCCCCCCACCACUCCCCCAGGACACCGGACGUGUGGCUGGGUCUCUCUGUGACUCCACAGCGUCCUAGCUCCUCCCCACCAGGCCUUCCUGUCAUCACCUUGGAGCGCCCCGGGGAUGUUGCACCUCAGGCCUUCACCUACCUCGCCACACUGCCGCGUCCCCACUGGUCCCCCUUCUCUUACACGACCCUUCACGCUCCGUUGACUCUCGCUUAUUUCUUUCUGAUCCUUCGUCUCUCCCCAUGCCCGUACCAUUUGAGCCUUUCAUUUUUUGCUCCGCAUUCCUGUUGCAAAUCCCGCCAUGGUACCUGUGAAGAGGCUUUGGGACCCCCCCAGAACCUUCUCACCAGAAACACCCCUUCCCAGAGUCUGCUUCUGUCCUCUGUGGGGCCCGAGGAGCUCCCUCGCCCCUCCGUGCUGUCUGUCCGUCUGUCUGUCUGUCUGCUCUUUCCCCUGCCCUUCCCCCAGGGCAGCAUCUGCUGAUGGAUUCGGUCCUGGUGUGUGAUUGUCGUGAUUUGUUCUUCUGUGCGCGAAAGGAAGGGGGCUUGUUUUGGGUCCCCUCCAAGUGAGAUUGUAAAUGUAGAAUUUGCCACUGUUGAAUCUAGAUUUCUUUUCUUCUUUUUCUUUUUAAUUUUUUUCUUUUUCUUUUCUUUCUUCUUCUUCUUCUUCUUUUUUUUGGGGGGGUUACAGAGACCUUGUGCAUGCAUGUAGAAAGUUGUAAAAUGUAAAUUUUUUUUUAAUAUAUAAAAAGCUUGUUUUUACAGUUUGCAGUGGAUCUAAACAUAAUGGCAGUUUUAGGGAUUUUUUUCUUAAACAUAGGAACUAAAACUGUACAAAUUUUUUUUAUAUGAAAUAAAGACAUUUGAC